AUGGAGAAGACAGAUGCCAAAGACCAGUCCUCUCAGGGGGAUGAAGAGAAAGACCCUCCAAAGAGUCAUCCCUACUCCGUGGAGACCCCUUACGGCUUUCACUUAGACCUGGACUUCCUCAAGUACGUGGAUGACAUUGAGAAGGGAAACACCAUCAAAAGGAUUCCUAUCCACAGGAGGGCCAAGCAGGCCAAGUUCAGCACUUUGCCCCGAAACUUCAGCCUUCCCGACAGUGGGCCUCGCUGGCAUGCUGCUCUUUCCCACCAACACUGGUCCCCAGUGGUGUGCAGGAAGGUGUCGCUGGGGACAGAGGAGCGAGCCCAGUCACUGCCGCCUGGUGAUCACCCCCAAGUCUCCGUGAGCGGCAGUGAGGUGACCUGCCCCAAGAGGGCCCUGUUGGCAGAGACCGCCAGGCCCCUGGAGGCCUCGGCCCCCAGGGAGGCUGAGCUCGCCUCCGGGACUGGCCGGCCCCAGCUUCUGAGAGCAUCGAGCAUGCCAGCCGCACUGCUGCAAAACAGGGCCGCAGAGGACCCCAGCCUAACCGCAGGCCCCCCCGCACCUCCCGCGCUCCCUCCACUUCGGGCGGAAGGCAGUGUCUGUGACAGCACCUUUGGCCCCGCAGAAGGAUUUGCGGGUGUUCACAACUCCAUCCCGCGAGCAGCAACCCAACCAAAAGGCAAAGAGUUUGGAGACCUGGUGCCAGGGAUUCCAGAGCUGGUACGGGAAAGGGCUGAGCCUGCGGAGGGUGCAGAAGGGGCCGCAUCUCCCCUCUCUCCCCCAGGUCCUCCCCUCUCAUCCCAGAAUGCAUUUGUAGUUUCAGAGGAUGCGAAAGAAGAACAGAAACCCAGAGAAGCAGAGCUGGUGUUCACCCCCGGCUCCCUCACACCAAGCCCCCCUCCUCUGCCAUCACCCAUCCCCGAGAAUGAGCUCCCACUGGAAGAAAUCGAGCUCAACAUCUGCGAGAUCCCGCCCCCGCCCCCCGUCGAGGCAGAUGUGCGGAGCAUUGGCAUCCGGGUCACGGAGGAGAGCCUGGGCCUCGCCACGACGGAGGCUGGCAGCAUCUCCAGCCUGAAGCAGCAGCUCCUGGACCUGGAGGGAGAGCUGUCCGGAAAAACCGAGGAACUGGCCCAGGUCAGAGCUGCCCUCCAGCAGCAGGGGGAGGAAAUCAAGGCUAAGAGGCAGAGGAUUCAAGAGCUGGAGUGCACUGUAGCUCAACUGGCCGAAAAGCUAAGCCACGAGAACACCAAGGAUGCUCAGGGCCAGGCCGACGCCAUGGUCAACACUGACCCUGUCCACGGACUCUUGACCAGGGAGUUGUGUGACAAGAGCAUUGGUGUUGACCUUCUGAGCAGCACAGGAUCUGAAUGUUGGGGGGCCAGCGGAGAGGAGAAUGACCUCCGAUGUGGGCCGGACAGUCACAAACGGGGAGAUCAGAGCCCGGCAGAAUGUGUGCCACCAUCCCAGCUGUCACUGCCUCAGGACCCUGAGAUGGUCCUCACCUCUUCUUUACGUAGCUGCCUGUCCACCGAGCUCAGGAUCGAAGAAGCAGGCUCCGAGCAGGAGGGAGACCCUCAGGUGGGAGCCGGGGGUCUGGUCAGGGGAGCAGGGGACUCUUCAUGGAGCAGUGACACAAAGGCUCCCCCAGCAGGGAAGGAGGAGGCCGGUUCAGAGCUCCCAGGGAAGGAGGGCCCAGGAAGGCCCCCAAGCUCACCCACAGAUGCCACUAUUGGGCAGUACGUUAAGAAGAUCCAGGAGCUCCUGCAGGAACAGUGGAGCUGCCUGGAGCACGGGUACCCGGAGCUGGCCAGCGCCAUCAAGCAGCCGGCCUCCAAGCUCAGCAGCAUCCAGCGCCAGCUCCUGAGCUCCCUCAACCUGCUGCUGUCCGCCUACUCGGCCCAAGCUCCACCCCAGAAGGAGUCCCCGGUCCCUUCCUCCUCCCCACCGCCAAUGGAGCUCUCCCCGUCGACCAGCCUUAAAUCCAUAAUGAAAAAGAAAGACUAUGGCUUCCGUGCAGGAGGUAAUGGGACCAAAAAGAACCUUCAGUUUGUUGGGGUUAACGGUGGCUACGAGACCACCUCAAGUGAGGAGACCAGCGGGGAGGACAGCUCCUCGGAGGACUUGUCCAGCAGCGAGGCUGAGAAGAAAUGUGAUGGCCCGGAACACAAGCGGGGCAGGGAUGCCCACCCCGGCUGCAAGGUGGGGCAAGGCAUCUCCGAGGGCACCCACGGCACCGGCCAGCAGAGAGGGCCUGGGGAAGAACUCUCCCUCCCCAAGGCCGAGAGAUAUAAACCCUCCGAAGAAUUUCUUAAUGCAUGCCGGGCAUUGAGCCAACAUCUGCCAGAAACAGGGACCACUACCGACCAGCUCUUGAGGCAGAGCUUGAACACCAUCAGUCAGGAGUGGUUUCGUGUCUCUAGCCGGAAGUCGUCUAGUCCUGCUGUGGUGGCCGCCUACCUGCAGCCUCACUCCCCACACUUCCUCAAGCUGCUCGUCAACUUGGCUGACGGCAACGGGAACACGGCCCUUCACUACAGUGUGUCCCACUCCAAUUUCUCCAUCGUCAAGCUGCUGCUGGAGACAGGCGUCUGCAAUGUGGACUAUCAGAACAGGGCUGGCUACACCGCCGUGAUGAUCACUCCCUUGGCUUCUGCGGAGACCGACGAAGACAUGGCCGUCGUCUGGAAGCUCUUAAGAGAAGGAAAUGUGAACAUCCAAGCUACCCAGGGAGGCCAGACUGCGCUGAUGCUGGGAGUCAGCCACGACAGGGGGGACAUGGUCCAAGCGCUACUGAGCUGCCAGGCAGAUGUCAACCUGCAAGACCACGACGGAUCGUCGGCCCUCAUGCUGGCCUGUCACCAUGGCAACGCCGACAUGGUGCGGCUGCUCCUGGCACACCCAGCCUGCGACAGCAGCCUGACAGACAAGGCUGGCCAAACAGCUUUGUCCAUCGUUCUGAAGCCGCCCGCCCAUGUGGAAAUUGCCGAGCUUCUGCAGGCCCACGCAGAACAGGGCAGAUCCCUGGGGCCAUAG